AUGGACAUCAGUGAAGUUGAUGGCACAUCACUCCCGCCGCCGUCGGAUGUUUCGGGCAGGACAUCGCCGACCAAGGCUCUCAUGCGGCUCGAGCUCGACCCCGCGGGCAUCGACUCGCGGUUUAUGACGACAGAGGACAGUCAGAUGCCUCAGGCUUUGGUCGCCUUGGUGAAAAUUAUGCGGCAGGUCAAUGGACAGACGACGAUUCCCGAUCCCGAUCUUGAAGACUUCUAUGACCACGUAUACUGUAAGGAUGUCGCGAUGGACUCUCCCGCCACGCUGCAUGAGAUGCGGAAGGUCGUGGACGGCGCCGCAGCCUGUCACAUGGAUGGACAAGCAGAGAGUGGUUGGAACAACCUGGUGCAUACACCUCUCUUGGACGCCUCCCCCGCCCCCGCUUUCCGUCCUUAUCGGUUCAUUGACUUUUAUCCAUGUAUGUCGGCAUCAAUCCUUCCUGAAUACCUGCCUCCCACCGCCGGGAAGAUGGUCGACUACGUCAUGAGCGUGGAAGCGUGUGAUGAGACCCCGGGGGACUCAACGGGGACAAAUGUGCUGGCCGCAAUAGAGGAGCUGAGGCGCCAGCUUCCGGCGAGCGUAAUCAACCAUACAGACUUCACAGCUGUGCGCAACCGGCCUAUCGCCGUCAGCAUCGAGACUAAGCGCCGAGGUCGCGGGCAAGAGGCUGCUGCAGAUCUCUAG